AUACGUGCGGCUCCGUACAGGACGUUAUUAACAAUAUACCAGUGGGUCUCAUCAAAACUUCUCUUCAUCCCACACCAAUGGAGAUACAAGCCACACCCCUGGGUAGAACCGUCAACGGUGCUCCCUCGUACAAUAUCGCGAUGAUUACUGACUUUUUCUACCCCCAGCCGGGCGGGGUCGAGCUCCACGUGUACCACUUGUCACAGAAGCUAAUGGACCUCGGGCACUCGGUGGUGGUCAUCACCCACGCAUACAAGUCGCGCACAGGCGUGCGCUAUCUCACGAACGGACUCAAGGUGUACUACGUGCCGUUUCUCAUCUUCUAUCGUGAAACAUCCUUCCCCUCGGUCUUUUCGUGCUUUCCCAUCCUCCGCAACAUCUUUAUCCGCGAGCAGAUCGACAUCAUUCACGGUCACGGCUGCUACAGCUCGAUUGGGCUUGAGGCGAUUGUGCACGCAUCUGCAAUGGAUAUCAAGACGGUGUUUACCGACCACUCGUUGUUUGGGUUCGCGGACGUUGCGAGCGUGUUGGGGAACAAAACGUUGGCAUUUUCGCUCUCGGACGUAGGGCAUGUGAUUUGCGUAUCGCACACGUGUAAGGAGAACACGACGCUUCGCGCACGGAUCCAUCCGUCGAACGUUUCGGUGAUUCCAAACGCAGUGAUUGCGAAGGAUUUCGCGCCAGCGCCGGACUCGUGCGCAGUGGCCGCGAAUACUUCGCAAGCUGAUGCACACGACUCUAUCACAAUCGUCGUCAUUUCCCGUUUGUACCAAAACAAGGGUGCGGACCUCCUCACCGCCAUAAUCCCCACCAUUUGUGAAUCUAACCCCAAAAUCAAAUUCCUCAUUGCCGGCGACGGCCCAAAAUUUAUCGAUCUCGAGCAAAUGCGCGAGAAGUAUGCGCUUCAGGAGCGUGUGCAGCUUGUCGGACGCAUCCGGCACGAAGAGGUGCGCUCGGUGAUGAUCCAGGGACAAAUUUUUUUCCAUCCGUCACUCACCGAAGCGUUUGGCACAGUCUUGGUGGAGGCGGCAUCGUGUGGCUUGCUUGUGGUGAGCGCGAAAGUUGGCGGAAUUCCGGAGGUGCUUCCCGAGCACAUGUCGGUGUUUGCGGAUGAGACAUCGGAGCCAGCGAUGGUGGAUGCUGUCACCAAAGCGAUCCAGAUUGUCACAGAAGACAGAAACUACACCGCAAACUUCCAUCUGGAGGUGAAGACGAUGUACAGCUGGAUGGAUGUGGCAAGGCGGACGGAGAAUGUGUAUCAUUUGGUCACAGCAGCGGACGCAGCCAAAGACCGGAGUGAGGAGCCGAACCGGCGCACGCUCAAGCGGAUUCUCAAGUUCUAUUAUCAGAGCGCCACAUUGGGCGGGAAGUUGUACGCGUUGUGUGCGGUGGUGGACAUGUUUGUGUACUUUUUCUUGGAGUUGUUUCUCCCUCGGCACCAAAUUGACGUGGCGCGAAAGUGGCCAGUACAUAGAAAAGGUGACGACGAAGUCGAUGGAUGAGUGAUAACCAAGGCUGUAUUUCUGCCGAUCGAGCCCCAUACGUAUCAUUUGAAGUCGUAGCGUCAUCGGUGGAGGAUUCGGUGAAGCCAUAGGUAAAGGCUCGAAAUUACGAUGAUGCUAUCUGUGAAGGCUAGAACGUGCAAUCAUUCGAGAUGGGUCAUAGUCCAACAAAGGUGUUACCUUAAGAAUAAGAAGCUUUGGUGAAGUAUUACAUGCGCUCUCUGUCGAUUAUUCUUCUGCGAUAUCAAAGAAUACUUGCGGGUGGGCUGUAAAGCACUUUUACAGAGACAUCCCGUUAUUUGGAAGACUGUGAAAUAGACAUUACCUGUUAAGCCAUAUCAAAUGUUUUGAAUAUGGUGCCGAUGGACCAAAUGGAUACAUAUAAUAGAAGCUACGUAUUAAAUAGAAUCUGAUGCAUCAACCCUCAG